GGAGUGUGAUUGUCUUCAAAAAUAUGGCCAGCACCUUAGCAACUACAGUUGACUCUGUUCCAUAUGGACCAGAUCUCUACAUUGGCCUGGGCCUCUCAAUAUCUUCAUCUGUCUUUAUAGGUGGUAGUUUCAUCUUAAAGAAAAAGUCCCUAUUGGCCCUGGGAAAAUCUGGUGGUACAAGAGCAGGAGCUGGAGGGUAUGGCUAUCUCAGACACUGGCUUUGGUGGGCUGGUCUACUCUCCAUGGGGUUUGGAGAGGCACUCAACUUCAUUGCAUAUGCAUUCGCACCUGCAACUCUAGUUACACCUCUUGGAGCACUGUCUGUCAUUGUGACAGCACUCUUGUCUCAGUAUUUCCUAGGAGAAGUCUUGAAUGUCUUGGGAAAAGUAGGCUGCUCCCUGUGUUUACUAGGAGCUACAGUGGUGGUAAUUCAUGCACCCAAAGAAACAGAAGUCACCAGCAUGGAGGAUCUGGCAGCCAAGCUCGUUGAUCCAGUCUUUAUGGUGUAUGUUGCAGUGGUCAUAGCUGCAGCAUUGGCACUAAUAAUUCACUUCGGGCCUCGGUAUGGAUCCCGCAAUGUGAUCAUUUACAUUGCCAUCUGUUCUCUCAUUGGUGGAUUUUCUGUUCUUGGAUGUAAAGCUAUUGGCUUGGCAGUGAAGGAAACCAUAUCCGGUAAAAAUGCAUUCAAUAACUGGAUCAUGUGGUUCUCAGUGCUGAGUCUCAUCAUUUGUGUCAGCACCCAAAUGAAUUAUUUAAAUAAGGCUCUGGACAUAUUCAACACAUCACUGGUGACACCAAUAUAUUACGUCUUUUUUACGGCCUGUGUCAUCCUCUCAUCUGCGAUGCUUUUCAAGGAGUGGAAGGGCCUUCCAGCUAAAGAUGUCAUAGGCGUUUUGGCAGGAUUUUUUACUGUUGUCAUUGGCAUCUUCAUUCUUCAUGCAUUUAAGUAUGUUAUUCUUCAGUUGUGUUGAAGUAUUUUGAUGUUC